GAGCGGGAGCUGGGAUUGGGCGGGAGACGUGGUGCGGAAUACAAAUGUGCAGCGGCAUCGUCGCGGCUGCCAGUCGGCGGGGCGACGGUGGCGGAGGCGGCCCCCACCGCGCUGCUGAAGGUCCCUUCCACCCCGGGGGUGGCUGCUUCACCCCUCCUCCCUCCUCACAACCCCCCCCCCCUCCAGCCCAGCUCCCUCACCUCUUCUUCCCCCCCCCCCCCCCCGCCUCUGAAUCAUUUAUCGUCUGUGGGGCGGAUCAAUCGUUAAACUGCGGCAGCGAACCCGAUGUGGCGUGUGAGAGGGAGCGUGGAGCCGGCUGCUGGUGGAGGGGAGGGGAAGGGAGGGAGGGAGGGGGGGAAGAGUGAGUGAGUGUGUGUGCGGGGGGAGGGAGGGGGCAGAGCGAGGUGGUGGGGGGGGGGGGGGGGUGACCGGCCGCGCACUCCCGGGACAGCUGAGUGCGCCGGAGCCCGCCAGCAGCGAGGAGACACUGCGAUUUAUGCUUCCCACCGCCAACACCAUGAUCUUCAUGUUCGUGGGGACGUCGAUGGUGAUGGCCAUAGCUUGCAUCGUGGACAUGAACGCCCUGCUCGACCGAUUCCACAAUUACAUCCUCCCGCACCUGCGAGGCGAGGACCGGGUCUGUCACUGCAACUGUGGAAGACACCAUAUUCACUAUGUGAUUCCUUACGAUGCCGAUCAGUCAGUGGUCGACUCCUCAGAAAAUUACUUUGUGACGGACAAUGUGACGAAGCAGGAGAUCGACCUGAUGUUGGGGCUGUUGCUGGGUUUCUGCAUCAGCUGGUUUCUGGUGUGGAUGGAUGGUGUCCUUCACUGUGUGGUCCGGGCAUGGAGGACGAACAGACGUUAUGAUGAUUCCUGGUCCUGGAUCCCGAGGUUAUGUAAUCUGAAGGAUUUCAGGAGGCGUUCCCACCGGCAGUAUGAGGAGUCUGCAGGGAACAUGGUACACAUCAAACAGAAACUGUAUCACAAUGGGCACCCGAGCCCUCGACACCUGUAACCUUCAACUGCCAGAAGCUGGGACUCGAAACAAGGAGCUUGUGGAGACUCCGAUCCUUUUAAAACCAGAUCAAAACCACUGCUGCUGAUGAUGAGAUGGCAGUUGCCCUGAGCCAGAGUGACCUGUACAUUCUGUAAAUACCCUGGGUUACAGCCCAAAGCAGCUGCUUCUCUGUAAUCUUUUCUUAUUUUGAGUACAUAUACCGAGAGGUGCUUCAAAAUGACUCAAUGGUAAUCUGGUUUUAACUUUUUUGCAAACCUUCCCAUCACAUUAAUACUGGUUGUCACUCCCCUCCCUGCCUGUAAACACGGAACUCCCUCCAUCCAUCAGAAAACCAGAUUUGGUGCACUUUGAUAAACUAAUGGGACGUCUGUCUCUUUCAAAAAUUACCUUUAAGGCCCACAGUUUGUGGAGGAUAUGCAGUCGGCCUAAGUAACUGCACCAACGCGGCAGGUGUUGGCCCUGGGACCACUGUGGAACAACAGCUCGUGUCAGAUGGCGGAGUUAGAUUUUUUUUCCCACUCUGUUGGUUUAGACCUUGAAUGUGUUUGCGAGGCAGACAUGAGAAAUCUUUUUAUUUGAAAAUGGAAAGGUUUAGAUCUGAAGUGACGCUGGUUUUUAGCAGUAGGAAUCACCCGUCCAUCACCAGGUAAGGGAUUGUAGGCCAAAAUCACAUCACAGGCCCCUUGCAUUGAAGGGAUUUAGAACUGUACGAUUCUGCAGCUUGUGACCCAAGGACAAGUGUAAAAAUUUAAUAGUCUACAGUACUCUGUACAACCCAUCAUUAAAAAUAUAAAUUCC